AUGGAUGUCGUGGAUGCCACCACCUCUCCCGUGGACGCCGUGGAUGCCACGGCCUCGCCGCCACCCGCGGCUGCUCCGACGGCCGGACCCGUCACACGCUCGCGCACCGGUGUCUUCUGCCCGAGCUCCCGCUAUGCGGAUGACUACAUCUGCACCGCCUCGACGUCCGCUCCUUCCCCGCUGCCGUCCUCGGUUCGGGCCGCUCUCCGCGACCCUCUUUGGAUGGCCGCCAUGCAGGAGGAGUUCGACGCUUUGCAGCGGAACUGGACUUGGCAGCUUGUUCCCCGUCCCCGGCACGCUAACGUGAUCACCGGGAAGUGGGUCUUCAAACAAAAGCUUCGUCCCGACGGCACUCUUGAUCGCUACAAGGCACGUUGGGUUGUUCGUGGUUUCCGGCAACGCGCCGGUGUGGACUUCACCGACACCUUCGCUCCGGUUGUUAAGCCCGGGACGAUCCACACUGUUUUAUAG